CAGAAGCACAGUUGGCUUUGACAUUUCCCUACACAGUGAGCCAGAAAGGGAGCUCACCAGCUGUGUUAGAUGGAGGAGAGUGGUAAGAAGGACUGCCGGGCGCUGCUCAACCAAGGAGAGGAGAAUGAACUGGAGGUGUUUGGUUACCAAACCCAGAAUCUACGGAGAGUCUUGUGCUUUGCCACAUCAGUGCUGACGAUUGGGGUCCUUCCGCUGGUGUUCUACUGGAAGCCUGCGUGGAAGGUGUGGGCCAAUUGUACCCCAUGCUCCUUGCAGGAAGCUGACACUCUUCUGCUGAGGACAACAGAUGAAUUUCAAAGGUAUAUGAGGAAAAAGGUGUUCUGCCUCCACUUAUCUACCCUGAAGCUUCCUGUAAGCAAAAACUCAGAAAAACCUCUGGUGGCUGAUCGCCACUCUGUCAUUAACCAAGCUAUCAUUAAGCCUGAAUUAAAACUGAGAUGUAUCCAAGUGCAGAAAAUAAGGUAUGUUUGGGAUUACCUGGAGAAGCAGUUUCGGAAAGUUGGGUUGCUGGAAGACAGUAACUCCUGCUAUGACAUCCACCAUACAUUUGGAUUGGGUCUGACCAGUGAGGAGCAAGAGGUCAGAAGGUUAGUGUGUGGGCCCAAUGCCAUAGAGGUUGAGAUCCAGCCCAUAUGGAAGCUGCUUGUUAAACAGGUUUUAAAUCCAUUCUAUGUGUUCCAAGCCUUCACACUUACUCUGUGGCUGUCUCAGGGUUACGUAGAGUACUCUCUGGCCAUCAUCAUUUUGACCACUAUCUCCAUUGUCUUAAGUGUGUAUGAUUUGCGACAGCAAUCCGUCAAGCUGCACAACCUCGUGGAGGAUCACAACAAAGUCCAGGUUACAAUCAUUGUGAAGGACAAGGGCUUGCAGGAGCUGGAAUCCCGUCUCUUGGUUCCUGGAGAUAUUCUUAUUCUCUCAGGAAAAAUUGCAUUGCCGUGCGAUGCUAUUCUGAUUGAUGGGAGCUGUGUGGUGAAUGAAGGCAUGCUUACAGGAGAAAGUAUACCUGUUACAAAGACACCAUUGCCCCACAAGGAGAAUACCAUGCCCUGGAAAUCGCACAGCUUGGAGGACUAUCGAAAACACGUGCUCUUCUGUGGGACAGAAGUGAUCCAGGUGAAGCCCUCAGGCCGAGGGCCUGUAAGAGCUGUGGUUCUGCAGACAGGUUAUAAUACAGCAAAAGGUGACUUGGUGAGAUCCAUCCUCUACCCUCGACCUCUAAACUUCAAACUGUACAGUGAUGCCUUCAAGUUCAUGGUAUUCCUGGCCUGCCUUGGUGUUAUAGGAUUUUUCUAUGCCCUAGGGGUCUACAUGUACCAUGAAGUCCCUCCAAGAGACACUGCGACCAUGGCCUUGAUCCUCCUCACGGUCACGGUCCCUCCUGUGCUACCAGCUGCCCUGACCAUAGGCAUGGUGUAUGCCCAGAGGAGGCUGAAGAAGAAGAAGAUCUUCUGUAUCUCCCCACAGAGAAUCAACAUGUGUGGGCAGAUCAACCUCGUGUGCUUCGACAAAACAGGCACACUUACAGAAGAUGGGCUGGAUCUCUGGGGAACUGUCCCCACUGCUGGUAACUGGUUUCAAGCUGUCCACAGCUUUGCCUCAGGCAAGGCUGUGCCAUGGGGCCCACUGUGUGCAGCCAUGGUCAGCUGCCACUCUCUCAUUCUUCUUGAUGGCACCAUUCAAGGAGACCCUCUGGACCUCAAAAUGUUUGAAGGCACUGCCUGGAAAAUAGAAGAUUCCAGUACGGACUCCUGCAAAUUUGGCAUGUCAGAUUCAAACACAAUUAUAACACCAGGACCAAAUGCCAGUCAGAGUCCUGUGAGUGCCAUCACUGUCUUGCGCCAGUUCCCAUUUUCCUCAAGCCUGCAGAGGAUGUCUGUGGUUGCUCAGCUGGCUGGGGACCGUCACUACCAAGUGUACAUGAAGGGUGCCCCAGAGAUGGUGGCCAGGUUCUGCAGAUCUGAGACAGUACCUAAGAAUUUCCCUCAGGAGCUGAGGAAUUACACUGUACAAGGCUUCCGUGUCAUUGCCCUCGCCCAUAAAACCCUGAGGAUGGAGACACUCUCUGAUGUGGGGCAUUUAGAAAGGGAGAAAGUGGAGUCUGAGUUAAUAUUUCUGGGACUUCUAAUAAUGGAAAAUCGCUUGAAAAAGGAAACCAAGCCAGUCUUGAAGGAACUGAGUGAGGCCAACAUCAGGACUGUGAUGAUCACAGGUGACAAUCUUCAAACAGCCAUCACUGUUGCAAAGAACUCCGAGAUGAUUCCUCCUGGAAGCCAAGUCAUCAUUGUUGAAGCCAAUGGACCAGAAGACCUUAUGCCUGCUUCUGUGACCUGGCAGCUGGUGGAGACCCAACGGCCUGGUGCAGGGAAGAUGGAAACCUACAUUAAUAUUGGAAACAAUUCUGCAGCUGAUGGAAAAGGUUACCACUUUGCAAUGAGUGGGAAAUCUUACCAAGUGCUCUACCAGCAUUUUUACAGCUUGCUUCCAAAAAUUCUGGUAAAUGGAACCAUUUUUGCUAGAAUGUCUCCUGGGCAGAAAUCAAGCCUCAUUGAAGAAUUUCAGAAGUUAAACUAUUAUGUGGGCAUGUGUGGAGAUGGAGCCAAUGACUGUGGGGCUUUGAAAAUGGCUCAUGCGGGCAUCUCGCUGUCAGAGCAGGAAGCAUCCGUGGCAUCCCCCUUCACCUCGAAAACAGCCGACAUUGAGUGUGUGCCUCAUCUCCUCAGGGAGGGCCGAGCUGCUCUGGUUUCAUCCUUUGGAGUGUUUAAAUACUUGACCAUGUAUGGUAUCAUCCAGUUUGUGGGAACAUCACUACUCUACUGGCAACUGCAGCUCUUUGGGAAUUACCAGUAUCUCUUGCAGGAUGUGGCUAUCACGUUGAUGGUCUGCUUGACAAUGAGUUCAACUCAUGCAUACCCCAAGUUGGCUCCAUAUCGACCAGCAGGGCAACUACUUUCUCCUCCACUGCUGCUCUCGAUCUUUUUGAAUUCCUGCUUCACCAGCAUCGUGCAGGUGUGUGCAUUUCUCUAUGUGAAGCAGCAGCCCUGGUACUGUGAGGUCUAUAAACACAGUGAGUGCCUUCUAGCCAACCAAAGUAAUUACUCAACCAAUGUGAAUUUGGAAAAAAGCUGGACCGGAAAUGCAACAAUGGUUCCUGGCUCAGUUCUAAGCUUUGAGAGCACCACACUGUGGCCCAUCAUCACCUUCAACUGUGUCACAGUAGCGUUUAUCUUUUCUAAGGGAAAACCAUUUCGAAAACCCAUCUACACAAACUAUGUAUUUUCACUUCUGCUGACAUCUGCUGCGGGCCUCACAAUUUUCAUUCUGUUCUCUGAUUUUCAAAAUAUAUACCGUGGAAUGGAGUUCAUCCCAACCUUGACAUCAUGGAGAGUGUCAAUCUUUGUGGCGGCACUUACUCUGUUCUGCGUGGCCUUCUUUGUAGAGGAUGGCAUCCUUCAAAAUCGAGAGCUCUGGCUGUUGAUCAAGAGAGAAUUUGGAUUCUACUCCAAAAGUCAGUAUAGAAUCUGGCAGAGAAAGCUGGCCGAAGACUCUGCCUGGCCUCCUACAAACAGGACAGAUUAUGCAGGCGAUGGAAAAAAUAGAUUCUAUAUCAACAAAGGAUAUGAAAGCCCUGAACAGGUCCCUAAAGGAAAAUUCAAGCUAGGAGGACACAGCUCAGAGCAGCACUUCUGGACCAGACUGUAGUUGACUGUUGUCACGCAUGUUUAACAGCAUCACCUAUAUCCCUCAAAUGAAAACACUCUAGAGAGGUGAAAAUGGUGUAUUCUAUCUUCUCUCUCAAUCCAAGCAUUCAACACACAAUUUGCAAUGCAGUGAGCCUUCAACAAAGAACCUUACAGUUAUCUAUGUUGAUGAUGUCCCUCCCUAUUGGGAGAAAACAAAAAGUGCAUGUCCUGGAUUGUUUGUUUUAGUAAACUUGAUUCAUACUGUAUUGUUUUAAAUGCAGAAGUCUUGUUGCAACGAAGUUGAAAGUAUGAAAUCAAUAGGAGAAAGAAAAGCUGAGGAGGGCUGGAGA